AUGACGCCUCGCGUCGGUCGCACGCUGCUCAGCGCGGCGGCGUCGAACGCCACGGCUGUCAACGCCGCAGCGCACGACGAUGCGACGGCACCGCUGUGGUUCAUAUUCAUCUCUCUAGCCGUCGGCAGCGCGGCGAGGACGGCGCUUCACGGGACGUCGGUACCGUACACGGUUGUGCUGUUCAUCAUCGGCAUGGUCAUGGCGGUGGUGUAUUACUACGCAGACUUGGGACUGUUAGAGGCGUCGCUGAGCGCGUGGGGUGGGAUCAACCCGCACGUGUUGUUGGCGUGUUUCCUACCUGCGUUGAUUUUUGAGUCGUCGUUUUCGAUGGAGUGGCACACGCUGAAAAAGGUGCUGCCCAAGGUGUUGAUCUUGGCCGGGCCCGGAGUGUUGAUGAGCAUGGCGCUCACUGGGUGCGUGUUACGCGUGUUUCCGUUCGAUUUUAGCUGGGCAUUUUGUAUGAUGGUGGGGUCGAUUUUGGCGGCGACAGAUCCCGUCGCCGUCGUCGCCAUCUUGAAGGAGGUCGGGGCGAGUAAAGUUUUGGGACAUUUGAUCGAAGGCGAGUCGCUCGUGAAUGAUGGUACCGCCAUCGUCGUCUUCAACGUUUUUUUGGCGAUCGCAAAAGGCGAGCAUCUCUCGUUCGGAGAUGUGAUGAAGGAUUUAAUCACUCAACCCAUCUUAUCAGUCAUCACCGGCGUCGUCGUCGGCGAACUGUGCUUGAUUUGGUUGCGAAAUUCCCAUAAAGACCAUUUAGUAGAUAUUACCAUCACUCUUUUUGCUGGUUAUAUUUCUUUCAUGCUCGCCGAAAUCGUCAUCAAGUGCAGCGGCGUGCUUGCCGUCGUCGUUCUCGGAUGGUACCUGAGCGCCAAGGGCAGAACGUUUUUCAAGGGCAACAUACAACACUCUAUGCAUCACUUUUGGGAGGUGCUAACAUACGCGGCUAACACCAUCGUAUUCAUUCUUGCCGGUUUUCUGAUCGUCGCAGAUAUUUUGCUCGGCGAACUGGACAUCAAAGCCAGCGACCUGGGGUGGGGUAUUCUCCUCUACUUGUGCCUCAACAUAAUUCGUUUUGUCGUCACGGCGAUGCUGUUUCCGUGGAUGAACUACUACAAAGGACACGUCUUAAGCAUGCGUGAGACCUUUAUAGCCAUUUGGAGCGGUCUACGUGGCGCUGUCGGUUUGGCGCUCGCGCUCGUCGUGUUGGAGGAUGAUGCGCAUUUCACAAAGCGAGAGCGUGGAUUGACGCUCGUAAUGGUUUCCGCCGCAGUGAUUGGGACGCUGUUAAUCAAUGCAUCUUCUGCGGCAGCUAUGCUUCGCAUUGUCGGCCUGCUUACGCCCGGGCUUAGUCACGACCGAACGUUAUUGGCUGCUCGCAAAGCCAUUCACGAGCGCGCGCUCGCGCACUACGACGAAAAGCUGGACCAAACUGGUGCGCAGUAUCUCGGCGCGCCCGACUUCACGGCGGUUAAGCAGCUCGUGCCAUUCCUUCGCACACAAACAGACGAAACGGAAAUCGAGUUCAAGCACGAGAUCGCGAAAAUGGACGCUCAGCUCAUGCACGAGAUGCGUGAUCGUUUCUUGGCCGGGCUCUGUAAAGAAGUCUGGUCGAUGCUUGAAGACGACUUGAUUGACGCAAAAGUUGCUCACGGGUUGCUUAUCGCCUGCGAGCGAGCAACUGAUAAGUCAAAAUCGAACGUAUUGUGUACGUUCGACGAGUUCAACCGCUUCAUGAAGCAGAGCCGCGUGAAGAGCGCCGUCGUCAAGGCGUUUGAACGUCGAGCGUGGGGUAUGCGAAUCAUCAAAACCUUGCGUUACCUCAGGCUCGUCGAAGAAGGCUGGAUGGGCACGAGACGUCAAAUGCAAGGUUUACAUGCCCUAAUUAGUGCCCAUCGCUUGACUUCAGAGCAAUUCAAAUCUUUACUAGGCAAAAACGAAGAGGAAGAGCAAGCCAAGGAGGAAGCGCAAUCGGAAGUCGCCGAGCUGGCAAAGAGUUAUACACUCACAAAGGCUGGUGUCGGCGAAAAUCUAGCAAACGAAACGUCCAUCAAGUCACAUCAUGUGCGAGAUGUUCUCUUCGAGUCGGAUACCGAGGUCGUCCAAGCCGUUGAAAUGCUGAAAGAGAUGCAGCACGCUCACAACGCUGUGGCGCGUUCGCUGAGAUCCGAGGCACUCGCGCGUGAAAUUCUGGAGGUGACGAUGGAAGAAACAAAACUCUUGACGCAUACGGGAUUGCUGGACGAAUCGGAAGGAUCAAUGUUACAGGCCGAGCACGACCUCUACCUUCAAAGGCUGAUUAUGCAUCCGCUCCCACCAUCGCGUACGUCACCUGGCCGCAUCCUCGCUGCGAUUCCGCUCUUUGAUUUCACGCAACGCGUGGGCAUCAAGUCGCGAGAGAUUCGUAAACACUUCCUUCGAGAAGCAGAAGUUGUAGAGUUUAACGUGGGUGACAUCAUCAUCGACCCCAAUGUCAAGUUGAACGACGGAAUUAUGCUUGUCGGCAACGGCGUCGUACUCAUCGAGUCUGCGGCGGAUGCGACGCAACAAAUUACGGCAGGCUGUAAGUCGCAUCCGCACGCGUGGGCUUUGGCCUUGUACGAAGCGCUGGCAAAUGACGCGAAUGAAGAAGAACCAAAUCGUAGUGGUAUUCGUGCGACGGCGCAGACGACUAUGUUUGGUUUCGUCCUUCCGCGCUCACUUUUGGACAGCCUACGCGGCGAUCUUCGUGAGGCGGAAACGCUCGAGUUUAUGUGGCGAGUGGUGCUCGGUUUGUUGGCGGAGACCGUGUUGCGCAGCGAACUAGAUAGCGUCUUACCGGAUCUUCCCGUGAAUAAACUCGUACGCGCGGGUAAACUCGUGAAAAUUUCGCAAGGAUCAAAACUCGAGCACGACGACAGACAAGUGGUGAUUUUGCUUCGUGGAUCUCUGUACAACAAUACGUGCGGCAACAUCCCAGCGCCGUGCGUCGUGACUUUCAAACGGACGGGCAUGCUAUCCAACGCAACAACGUCGGCUUCGAGCGCGCUUGAGAGUAAGCUUGAGUCGCGCUUGUCGGCGUUGAAAUUCGGGAAAAAUGGUCUCGUGCGCGGCUCGUCUCAAAAUCUCGCCGCGCUCGCGGCGAAGAUGUCCGUGGACGAAUCCGCAUCUGAAUCACUUCCCGUGGAGCCCGACAGGGAUGGUUACUGCACGUUUGAGAGCGUCAAUGAUUUGCUCAUUUACGUCAUCCCGACCGACAAGCUCUUGCAAUCGCCGACCUCUGGUAAAUCGAGAACUUCGCUCAGGGCGCAAAAGAAGAGGGAAUUUUUACGAGGCUUGUCGAACAAGGUUUCGCGACAACGCUCCAUUUUCAUCGGCCCAGACAACCGAUUGAACGCUCAAAAGUCGACGAUGCCGCGACGAUCGAUCGACUCUGAUCGACGAUCGAUCGAGUUCGACAUCGAGUCUGGCGUCGCGAACGCGACGUCGCGUUCGCCGAAUCGUCGCUUGUCGUUGCAACUACCCCGACAGCCCACGGUGGCCGAAGAUGCGGACAACCCAAUCGGUGAAGAUCCGCGCACGCAACUCACGUCCAAUUCCAUGAUCUCAUUGGGCACGGACGACGACAACGCGCAAGACACGCACCGAUCGGACGACUUGGUGCCUUUACGAUCACGAUCGCGAGUGUGGGACGAUUCGCCGAUUCCGGCGCCUCGCGUCUUACCGAGCCGCGACUACGAGGAUCCGUCUACGCAACACACGAUUUCCUAGUACUAGC